UUAGUGAAAAAAAGGAAAGUGAAAUGUAGUGUUUUAUUUAUUGAGAAUAAGCUUUUUAGAGGGCAUUGUGGUAAUAUCACUUGAAGCAAGAUUUGAUAUAAAGAAAGCAAGAUGUUUAGGUACGUAGCUUUAAAUUAAGUCCAACCUUGGUGAUAAGCAUCUCACAACAGUAGAAAACAAAGCCGAAAGCCAGAAGGCAAAUAUUCCAUUCCAAAGCAUACUUUAAAAGAGAACAAGGAAAUCAAUGACUACUCCUAAGCAAAUGGAGCAACAAGUUGUAAAGAUGAAGAACUCAGGGAUCAUAAGCUACAGCGGGAGUCCAAUGAUCGACGACAGAGAGGAAGAAAUGACAAGAUCAGCAUUAUCUGCAUUUCGUGCAAAAGAAGAAGAGAUUGAAAAGAAGAGAAAAGAAGUAUCUGAUAAGGUCCAAGCUCAAUUAGGCCGCGUUGAGGAAGAAACUAAGCGUUUAGCUGAAAUACGCGAGAAGCUUGAAUCAUUUGUUGAUCCAGCUGGGAAAGAAGUUACAAUAGUGAGGAAGAAGAUUGACUUAGUCAACCGUGAAUUAAAGCCGUUGGGACAGAGCUGCCAGAGAAAGGAAAAGGAAUACAAGGAAGCCCUUGAUGCAUUCAAUACAAAAAGCAAGGAAAAAGCUCAGCUUCUUACCAAAUUAAUGGAGUUGGUAAGUGAAAGUGAAAAACUGAGGAUGAAGAAACUGGAGGAGCUGAACAAACAUAUAGAAUCCCUGCGCUAAGCCAUGCUAAUACUACUCUUUAACCAAGAAUUUCUUGAAUUGAAUUGAAAUUGUCACAUUGGACUUUUAGUUUGUUACAUUCCAUGUUUCUUACUUUUGAAUCUCAUUGGUUUUGUUAUUUUUUAUUUUUGGUUUUAAGUUUGACAAGUCAGGUCUAAUUAACAUCCGUAAAAAGAUCAUGAUGUUUGUAUUUCUAUGAAUUCAGAUGUAAAUUGUGGAGUUGUGUCGUUUGUAUGAUCAUAUAAUAUGACUAUAUUGAACUGAUAUUUUUCACUCUUCGAA